AUGAAUUUUACAAUAACAUCGUUAAGGACAACUUUUUUUAUUUUUACAUUAUUCAUAUUAUUUAUCUUUACCUUUUGUAGCAUUAGCAGACAUCUCUAUAUUGAGCUGAAAGAUAUUGAAGAAAUAACUUUAGAACCAUUAGAUAUCGAGAUAAAUCGAAAAUAUUGUGGAGCCAAUAAAUGUAAAUUUUUAUUUCCGUAUGUUGUUGAAGAGCAAGAAACUCAAUGUAAUAGACAUUUUAUCUCUCUCAUGCAAAUUGCACAACGAAUAGACCGCAUAAUAGUAUUACCUAAUGUUGGAGGAUCUAGUAUAUCAUCACUUAAAAGUUUUCCUUUUGAUUUCUAUUAUAAUCUUGAUGAACUAAGUAAAAGAUUUCCAAAAGUAAAAUUUAUUUUACAAAAAGAAUUUCAAAAAUGGGCCAAUGAACUAUAUAAUAAACCGGAUACCAUACAUGUUUCGCUCAGAAAUUCAAGGUCUAAUCCAAAAUAUAUAUCUCAAUAUGACAUCCCAUUUAUUGAUAAACUUUUAAAAAAAUAUAGAAUAGGUAGAUUUGAUUUAAAAUUAAAUAAUUCAACAAUAUUUAAACGAAUAAAUGUCGGUAAAAAUGGCAGAGGCUCGAGACAAAAUCGUGAAAAUAAUGAUCUAAAAGAAUUUUUAUCUGCUGAAUUAGAAAGUAAUGCAGAAGUUAUGCUGAUAACACAAAAUGAAAUACGAGGUCCACUAUUUGAAAGACUCACACCGAUGCCAUACGCACGUCACAUAAUUAAUACGACAUCAAAUCUUAUAAAAAAAUUAAAUCCAUAUAUUGCAAUUCAUUGGCGUAUGGAAAGGGGUCAAAUAGAUCUUAUGUCAAAAUGUGCUGAAGGUCUUGUUACUUAUCUAAGAAACCUUACAUUAACAACCGGAAUUACUAAUAUUUAUCUGGCUACAGAUUAUCCACUUGCCGAGAAUAACAAUAAUAAAUCACAAUCAAGAACAUUUCAUUAUAUUUAUGAAGAACACCAUAUAGCAAUGAAAAUUUUAAAUUCCUCAUUUAAUUUAAAUACUUGGGUUUCAACACAUAUGUUAGAUUAUCUUAAAUCAUAUCCUGCAAAAGAAGAGCAAUUACAAAUAGAACUUGAAGGUACUGGUAUCCAAGGGAUUUUUGAUAAAUUAAUUUUAAUACAAGCCGAUUAUUUUAUAGGCGGUCCUAAAGGAUGUUGUAGAUUCGAUAGUACUUAUACAAAUCAUGUUAUGGAAACAAGAGAGGAAUUAUUUAAAAAUAAUGGGUCAAUUAAAAAUAUUAUUGAUCGGUGGGAAUUGUAA